AUGUUACGGGGAUUGCUUAAAGCUGUAUCAGAAGUAUUGGCUGAAAGUGAAUAUAGGUGGUGUGCCAGACAUAUAUUAGCAAACUGGUCCAAAUAUUGGAGAGGAUUAGAGAGGAAAAAUAACUUCUGGAGGUGUGCUAGAGCAUCAUGUGUGGCAGAAUUGAAUUUCCACCUGGACAACUUGAAUAUGCUUAUGAAUGGAAUAUGUGAGAGCCUCUUAAGGUAUAACAAGGAAACCUGGUGCAGAGCAUACUUCAACUGUGACAGAAAAUGUGAUAUAAUUGACAACAAUAUGUGCGAGAUCUUUAAUGCUUGGAUACUUGCUGCUAGACACAAGACAUUCAUCACAAUAUUGGAGGAAAUCAGAGUGAAAAUGAUGGAGAGAAUAGGAAAGUUGAGGGAGUUUGUAGAUACAUGGAUAUGUGAUAUAUCCCCAAUUGCUAUGAAAGUGUACCAGGAUAACAUGGUCCAGUCUAUGAGGUGUACAAUCAAAUGGAAUGGUGAAUAUGGCUAUGAGGUUGAGGAUACCUUAUUAAGAGUGGUAUUGAAGCACUGUGUGAAUAUGCAAACUCAGACUUGUACCUGCAGGUCAUGGAUGCUGAAGGGUAUCCCUUGUGCUCAUGCGAUUGCUGCUAUGCACUUCAAGAACAUUGAGCUAAUUAACUACAUAUCUCACUGGUACCACAAAUCUACUUAUCUGAAGGCAUAUUCAACAUUUAUCCAGCUUGUACCAAAUAUGCAGACAUGGCCAACAUCUACCAAUUCACCAAUUGAACCCCCACCAAUUAAAAAGAUGCCUGGCAGACCAAAGAAAAAGAGAAGAAACUGA